AUGGAGGUGGUUGUGCGAUGCAGUAACACCCGCCACAGAGUGACGCUUCCGACUGAGGCGACGGUUCAAGACUUGCUUCUUCGCGUUCGCGACUUGACCGGCCUCAGCCCCUCGCGGCAGGUGCUCAAGAUCGGCUAUCCGCCGCAGCCUGUCUCCUUCGGCCGAGACGGCGACCGGAGGCUGGUUGACGCCGGCGUGCACCCGAAGGAUUUGAUUAUCGUGGAGGAGAGAAAGGCGGGGACUCUUUCCGAUUCGCGCGAGGGAGCGCCCUCGUUGGCGAAUGGCUGUGGCACGGGCGGCGCACUCGAGAGGGUGGACGGCGCGUCCGGAGAUCGCGACCUCGCCAAGCGCAGAAAAGAAGGUGAUGCGAGAAGCGAAGAGCGACUGCAUGUGCCAGGAGUCGUGGCCUCGUCGACAGACACCCGGACCGCUUCUCAUGAUGCAAAUCGUUUCGCGGGGAGACUGGAGGGGUCUGCUACCUCGGCCUGUCCCGCGCGCCAAACUGCGCUGUCGUCUCCCGCUGGAUGUACGCCCCAGCCGAGCGCGUUGGGGUCGGCGAGUCACCCGCCCACACUUUCUUCUUCGCUUCCGCCGGGAAGCACGCGCCUGACGGAUGGUCCCGACGCGGCGCGAGCGAUGCCUCUUGCUCCGCAUUCUGCUGCGUGUGAGAACUCGAGGGAGGCGCAAGGACAGCUGAGACGGUCUUUGCAGGCCCAAGUGGCCCAUCCGGGGAAUGUCGGAGACGUGUUUCGCUUCGUUGUACCCUCCGACAACAGCUGCUUGUUCACCUGCUUGUCGCUGUUGGCGGCUCCAGACAAACGGCCGCAAGACUUGCGGCAGCUCGUGGCGUCGGCGAUUGCGAACGAUCCUGAGUCGUUCUCGAGCGCCAUUCUCGGGCGGCCGCGCGAGGAGUACAUACACUGGAUCACCACGCCGACGAGCUGGGGCGGGUACGUGGAGCUGGCGAUUCUCGCGCAGCAGCUGCGACACGAAGUGCUCGUGGUGGACAUCGAGACGCGGCGGAAAGACCUCUACGGCGACCGCAACACAGGGCGGAGAAUCAUGCUCCUGUACGACGGCGUGCACUACGACGCUGUUCUCGCCCGCCCCCGAGGGGUGUUUUUGGCGGGUCGAGGCGAGACGGAGCAAAGCAGAGGCGGGGCGUUCUUUCCCGUCGGCCCGCGAGGCCAGGAGCUCUUCUGCUACUCCGUCUUUUCCCCCAACGACACAGAGACCGAGGCAAAAGCCAUGGAACUUGCCUCCGAACUGCACAAGAAAAGGAACUACGUGAACCUCAGGGAAAUGAGUCUCCACUGCCUCGUGUGUGGGGUCGGCAUUCGAGACCAGGAUGCGAUGCGAGCACACGCGAAAGAAACCGGACACGCCAACUUCGGCGAAAACCGAAGAUAG